UGGCGGUAGUCUAGCUGACUAGCCCGUUGCCUUCUUACAUUAUACUCAAUAACUAUUUUUCCUUCCAAAAGGAAAAGAAGCCAUUAUUCUGAGAAGCAGAAAACCCUGGGAAAUCCAAGACAGGAGGCAUAAGCUCUGCACCUGGCUCCUCCCCUAACCAGCCAUCUGACAGCCCCACCCCCAGGAGGAGGCGGGACUUCCUCGCCGUAGGGCAGCUGCUUCCGGCAGAGUCCGGAAGACAGUGCGAGGUGGGAGGGGGCGGAGCCAGUGCGGCGCGCCCAAUCGAGACGAAGUCUUGGCUGGCCCGGGCUCUCGUGGGCUCACUCGCUCUAGGGAACCGGCACCAUGGCGUCGGGCUGCAAGAUCGGCCCGUCCAUCCUCAACAGCGACCUGGCCAACCUGGGGGCCGAGUGCCUGCGCAUGCUGGACUCGGGGGCCGACUACCUGCACCUGGAUGUAAUGGACGGGCAUUUUGUUCCCAACAUCACUUUUGGUCACCCUGUGGUUGAAAGCCUCCGAAAGCAGCUGGGCCAGGACCCUUUCUUUGGCUCACUUCUCAGUAUUUUUUAUCUUUUAUCAUCAGUCUGUCCUGAUGCAAUGCCACCCUCAUAUCCAACCCACUUUUUCUUCCUGGAUUUAGAUAUGCACAUGAUGGUUUCUAGGCCAGAACAGUGGGUAAAACCAAUGGCUGUGGCAGGUGCCAAUCAAUACACCUUUCAUCUUGAGGCAACUGAGAAUCCAGGGGCUUUGAUUAAAGACAUCCGGGAGAAUGGGAUGAAGCAUUGUUUGUUACAGGUUGGCCUUGCCAUCAAACCAGGAACUACAGUCGAAUAUUUGGCCCCAUGGGCUAAUCAAAUAGAUAUGGCCUUGGUAAUGACCGUAGAACCUGGGUUUGGAGGGCAGAAAUUCAUGGAAGAUAUGAUGCCCAAGGCAGGAGCUAACAUGAUUGUGUCUGGCAGUGCCAUUAUGAGAAGUGAUGAUCCCAGAGCUGUUAUCAACUUACUAAGAAACGUUUGCUCAGAAGCGGCUCAGAAACGUUCCCUUGAUCGAUGAAGCCACAAGGAACCCAGUUUCUGCCCAUGAACCCUGUUUUUUACUGGAAACGAGGAAUAUUGACUACCAAUCACAUUGCAAUUGAAGCAAUGCUGCAUUCCAGUGAUUCAAGUCAAUUGUGCAGGAUGGUCAAGAGGUUAGAAAUAACUACCUUUUUAGAGAUGCCAUUUAGAAAUUAACGUGGUGAAAAAUAUUCACAUUUAUACUGGGAGAAUGAUUUUUGUAAAGAGUGAAAAUUUGAUUUGUUAAGAUUACAGAUAGAAAUGUGUCUUAAUGCCUAAAGAGGAAAAUUAGCUACUAUGAAAAACAUUUUUCUGUAUUUUUACAAAGAAUGUUCUGUUGAUUCCCUGGUUUAUCCCUAAAGCAAAUGACAUCCAUAUUUUCUCUAGUUCAUGUCAUUUGUGAUUUGUUUAUAUGCCUGAGAAUAUGAAUGGAAUGAGAUGAAAAUUAGAAGGCUUGGUGGGAUAGCAUGUCAUGGUCUGGUAUUUGAAUUAUUUUUUCUUUUUAUCUUAUACUUGGUUUAUUAAAAACUAUAAAAAUAAUGUAUAAAGCCUAGGGUUUCUGAAAUGCAAGCGCAGACUUAUCAAGGUGUCACCUUUGUCACAGCAGGCUACUCUGUAAUUCCUUCCUGCUGCCUCACUCACCCACCAUUCUUAGGGGUAUGAAAUAGAACCAUACAGUUUCUCUUGGAAGUGCCACUGGGUUGAAUACCAAUAGAACAGAAUAUCCUAUUCUAGCUCUUUAAUGAAAUCACCCAUCUUGUUUUCACUAUAAACUCUUAUAUAUAUUGAAUGGAAUCAUAACUAUUGUGCAUUUGAGAUUUAAAAGGGUAACAUGGUUUUGGAAGGCCUGUACCUAGACUAUAGAGGAUGCUCAACAUAAAAUGGCAAGCAUCAUGUCUGUUUUGAGUUAUUAGCACUUUUGUAUAAUCAGAUUAACUGCUAAAUUGCCCUAUAAUUGUUGGAACAGGUAUUCUUUUCCUAUUAGAAAAGUAAGGCUCCACAGUAGCCUGGUCCAUAGAAAACCUGGUAUAGCAGAAGCAGUUUCUGGUGGGCACUGCUGCUCUGACUACAGACAGAGCUCCUGAGAUGUUAGAGAAGAGGAAGUUUACUUCUCUUACUUUCAGUGUAACUGUAUCCUCCAGCAGAAUCAGUAAGUCAAGAAUACUUGGGAAGUACAGAUUUUGACCCCAAGGAUGGAUGGAUAUAUAAAACAUUUCUAACAAAGAAGAAGGGAGCUAAGAGAUGACAGAUAUUAAUACUUGUUUCUAUUUUAGCUUACCAAAGGUUUGUUCAUUUAAUCAAAUCACACAAUACAAGGCAUAUAGAAAUAACUUUAAUUAAAAAAAACUAUGUAGAAGGUUAUAAUAUCAGUCAUGACAAAGAUUUGAAUUUAUUUGCUGGGACAACUUGUAUUUUUCUGGCUUUUGUUCUUUUUCUUUAAAAAUAAAUGUACAGUAAAACUAUAAGCAAAAGUUUGUAAGUAUUGAAUUUAAAUGGUUCCCCCCUCCCCCUUCUGCAGGGAUCAGUUGCAUUUCCAAUCCUCAACAACACCUUAAGUAUCUAAUCCCACAGAGUGCAAGCUCCGUGGCCAGGAUUCUCAGUAGUAUGGGAACUACAAAUCAAGUAACCUUUCUUUGCAUAACAAAAAGUGGUUGAUACAAAUUGUACUUAACUUUCAUCUAGGAAAAAAAAUGGUAUGGCUUCAAAAAGAAUUUUCCUUAAUGUACACUCCUCAGUAUUCUAUAUUAAAGUCUUGGUCUUGGAAAACUUGAAUCCUUGAUCUAGGAUGCCUGUAAGAGUAGGUAUUUAUGUAAGCUAUAGUAAGGAAAAAACAAAUUAGAAGCUUCUGGCUGUAUAUUAGCUAGACUUACAACCAUAUUAUGAUUUGUAUGCUGUUUUAUAUUUUAAAUUGCUAUCUUGAAGUACAUAAAGCAAGUAAAACUCAGAGUGAAUUUCCAACGACAAUAGUUUUUAAACGUAUCAAUAUAUUAAACUCUUAAGUUGCUUCUCUUAAUUUUGUUAGGAGUAAGCAGAAAGCCUGUGGUUAGUCCAGGAGAGAACAAUGAUUUCAAAUAAAUGAAUGUUGCGUUAUCUGAUAUAAGAAUCUCCAUAAAUAACUUAUAUUGGUUAAACAAUGUUUAGAAUAAAAGAAAACACAACUCGCUCCCCACAGUCAAAGCUUUCAGGUGUCUGUCAUCAGUGAGCACCUGUGUUAGGUAUUCAUGGCAACUUAUUGCAUAGAGUAGUUCAUACAUGCAGUUUUAAGACUACAUAUGUGUGUAUCAUAUGUGUAUACAUUCUGUAUACACACUCGUAUAUUUUCAUAUGUUAUUGCAGCAAUUCUAGUGAACUGCCAUGAGAAUAGAAACAAAGAAGGAGGGCUCUUAUGUCAACAAAUGCCCGAGGUGUGACUUGGCGUGGAUUGCAGCAGGUAGUGUCUUAGUGCUUAUGAUUUGUAUUAUUGGCAAGCACAAGUCACUAGCAUUUGUGUGGGUGAGAAGUAGCUACUUCUGUGAGUCAGGAAGGAAAAGGGACUCCGGCCUAUCCCCUGAACGGUGAAAUACGGGUACAUGCGGCACUCCCUCCUGUGGAACUGUGACCAGAGGAGGUGGAGAUCCAGAAGAGAGGGUAUAGGGUUUUUUUCCUCUUUACCUUUCAGUUACAUACUUUUCUUAAUAUGUUCCCUGUCACCUAUUUCUUUUAACAUUAGUGACUCCUAUACCAAAGAUUUUAUAUUCUUCCAUUCCAUCUAACUGCACUUUUGGAGGGUGGCCAUUCUCGGGUGUAGUGCUACAGAAGGCUUCAUCACGGCAGGCUGUGCUUGCCCCCUCAGUCAGAUCCUUUCUUUCAUCUUGGCAUAAUAAAGCUGCUGUAUCCUCAUCCUUCAGUGGAAAAGCUCGCCGCUCCCACCGCAAAGGCUGAAAGGGUAAACAUUUUCAGUUAAGUUUCACCUAAUUUAAUUAUUUGUUAAUUAAUCUCUAAUGUCAGUUUUUAUAUAAUUAUUUUUCUAGUAUAUAAGUUCAGGUUUUUGUUUUCCUCUCACGUCCAAAUGGAUAUACUGAGAAUUUCCUGACUUUAAGAAUUACUUCUUGAUUUUGCCUUUGCUAGGAAAGAGAACACUCGUCUCUGUUCAGUGUAAGAAUACCUGAGCACAGCCCCUAUAGCGGUUUCUUAUAUUCGCUGUACUUCAUUUCUACCUCACUGUUAUUACAGAUACACAUUGAUUUUUUUUUUCUUCCUGGAUUUUAAUUUCUAUAGUUCCCCUCUAUUUUUGAUCUAGCUAUUUUUCAAUACCUGCAAAUGGGGAAAGAUGCGCGAACUUUGUAUAGUGCUAGGAUACACUUUUCUAAAGUAGGACUGGAUUUGUGUGGAAACAAACCCAUUAGAAGCAGAAAAACAGAAACGGUGCUUACUGUGCACUGUGUAUGAGUCUCCAAUGGAAAGAUUUGCUCUUUAAAGCAAGUUUGAUGAAAUCCCCGUUCCCUAACAGGUAAGUACGUAGAUAGAUGAAAGUUGUUACUGAUAUGCUAUGCCUCCAAAAAA